UGUAUCCACCGUGAUGUGAAGCCAGAGAACAUCCUCCUCACCAAAACCGGAGUCAUCAAGCUCUGCGACUUCGGUUUCGCCCGCAUUCUGACAGGACCAGAGGACGACUACACAGACUACGUGGCGACUCGGUGGUACCGGGCCCCUGAGUUGCUGGUCGGAGACACUCAGUACGGGCCCCCUGUGGACAUGUGGGCACUCGGCUGUGUUUUCGCUGAGCUCCUCAAUGGGAAUCCACUCUGGCCCGGGAAGUCUGAUGUUGACCAGCUCUACCUUAUCCGAAAAACUCUAGGUGACCUGAUCCCCCGGCACCAGCAGGUCUUCCGCUCCAAUGUUUUCUUCAGCGGAGUCAGUAUUCCUGAACCUGACACGACGGAGCCUUUGGAAAAGUGCUUCCAUGGCAUGUCUCUUUAUGCCCUCCAAGUUAUGAAGUCCUGCCUGGUGAUGGACCCGUCAUUCCGUCUGUCCUGUGAGGAGCUGCUGGAGCUGCCUUACUUCCAGGAAGAUGGAGUGAACUGGGGCCGUGAGGGGGAGCGCCUGGGGAGACGACAUGACAAAGGCUCCCGACGCAGACAGCCUGGG